CUCUCUCUCUCUUAGUUUGAGUGUAUAAACUUUAAAACGGAAUUCUACUCGAGUUUUCAAACUUGAAAUUUUCACAGGUAGUCAUACGAUGGCAGCCAAACGACUGACAUCUCUAUCAAAGGGGGAAUUUCAAAGUUUCUUCAAUUCUUUUGAUGUUGUUUUAUCCGAUUGUGAUGGUGUUCUUUGGGAGGAAACAAAUGUUAUUGAAGGAUCACCGGAGGCUGUUAAUCACUUGAAAGAAAAUGGAAAGAAGUUUUUCUAUGUUACAAAUAAUAAUGGAAAAACGAGAGCUGACCUUGUAAAUAAAUGUAAAGGAUUAAAUUAUUCUGCAACAAUAGACGAAAUGGUUUGUACAUCAUUUUUGGCAGCAAUGUAUCUAAAGGAACAGGGAUUUGAUAAAAAAGUCUAUUUAAUUGGCAAUUCCGGAAUGGCUAAGGAAUUAGAAGCUGUUGGAAUUCGACAUUGUGGAUACGGACCAGAUCCACUUCAAGGAACAGCUUUGGAAAUAAUAACGAAAUUUAAACCUGAUCCGGAAGUGGGUGCAGUUGCAGUUGGAUUCGAUGAACAUUUCAGUUACUCAAAAUUAGUGCAAGCUGCAACUUAUUUACAAAAUCCAAAUGUUCAAUUUUUGGGAAUGAAUCCUGAUAUUUAUAGACCAUCGCCAAAUAAAAAUACAUUUCCAGGAACUGGAUGUUUCAUUUCGAUAGUCGAAAUUGCAGCUGGAAGGAAAGCAAAAAUUUUGGGAAAACCUGAAUCUUGUAUUAGUGAUUAUUUGAUAAAAAAUUAUAAUUUGGAUCCAAAACGAACUCUCAUGAUUGGCGACAAUUGCAAUACUGAUAUUCUAUUGGGAAAACGUUGUGGAUUUCAAACUUUACUUGUAUUAUCAGGAGUCACCAAUCAAGAAAAUGUCACUGAAUUAACACAAUCAAAUGCCGAAUCAAAUGGUUUAAUUGUUCCCGAUUAUUAUACUAAUCAAUUAGCUGAUAUAACACAAUUUUUAUCAAAUUGACGAUGACUAUUUAUUUUUUCUAUAUUUCAAAUUUUCGUUCAUAAUUGAAUUUUUAGGUUAAUUGAAUAUUAAUGUUUAAUAAAUUAUUAUUAUAUUUAUGACAAUUUUGAAUACAAAUCUCGCCAAAGAUCUCAAAAAAAAAAGUAUUAAUUUAGUUGUUUUUAUUAUAGAAGAAAUAACUUUAUAAUUGAUUUUAUAGAAUAAAGAUUGACUAUUGUGUUUUGUCCAUAUAUUGUUGGUACAAUAAACUUUUUAUUAAAUUGCUA